GCAUCUUAAUAAAGGAGACGUUCGACGAUCAUGGCGCUCGGCCUCGCACCGAGGCUGAGCCCAUGGCACCAAUGGAUGAGCAAUCAUUUGCGAGACCACUCGGUGGUGGCCUAAAUUUCCACUGUUUCUUCAAUCCCGCAACCACGUAAAGGACGCGUUGCAACGUUUUUCAGGGCAUGGCGUCCUCCCCGUUGAUACUGCGUGUCAAAAGUGCACAGGGCCAGUUCAGGUUAGACACUCUCCAUGUGGACAGCACGGUGGAGGAGCUGCUGGGCUGCUUAUUCAGCUUGACAAGUGUGCCGCCAGCCUCAAUGCGCCUACUGCUGUCUGACGCCCCUCCGCGGCCCUUGGACUGUACCGACCCGCAGCGCCGCCUCGACGCGCUACCCCUCCGUUCCGGUGACACGCUCAUUGUCGAAGCCCGUCGUGAACAACCUGCAGCAUCUGUAGCAACGGCCAAAAAUAAAAAAGAGCACCACAAGGAGCACAAAACGCUGCCACCGCACAAGCCAGCAGCUGAGAAAAAGAAGGAGCAGUCGCUGCCAGGUGUGCUGGUCAAGCGCCCCGUGCCGGCGGACAACUCUUGCCUCUUCACCAGUGUCUACCUGGCUCUCUCCAGUGGCGACUAUGAUGCUGGGGCCAGUGGUGCCCUUCGCCAGGUGAUUGCCGACUGUGUGGCAGCUGACAAGGAGACAUACACGGAAGCGUUCCUGGGUCGUCCAAACCGCGAGUACUGCACCUGGAUCCUCAAUGAAGAGCACUGGGGCGGUGCUAUCGAGCUGUCAGUGCUGAGCCGCCACUACCGCGUUGAGAUGGUCGCGGUGGACGCGCAGAGUGGCCGAUUGCACCGUUUCGGGGCGGACGAGGACUUCGACCAGCGGUUGCUGCUGCUCUACGACGGCAUCCACUACGACCCGCUCGUGCUCGAGCCGCUUGAGCCAGGCCUGCCCGUGCGCACGCUCUUCUCGACCCGCGAGGACGGACUACUGGCGCUGGCUCUUGAGCUGGCACAAGAGGCCAAGGCCAGCCGCCAGUACACUGACGUGCGCAACUUCACAUUGCGUUGUCUUGUCUGCGAUGUUGGACUCGUAGGCCAGGAAGCGGCGCGCAGGCAUGCCCAGGAAACGGGCCACAGCAGCUAUGGGGAGGUGUGAUGGUUAAACGCACAGUUAGAAGCUCUUUUGGUUGACCGAGUUGGGCCACCUCGAAUCGGCAUCAAAAAGAGGGUGAAAUUGUUGCAUGCAUCUCUUUUCGUCACACUAGGAGACGUAAAAGGAUGGCUGCAAUUGGAUGUUUGUCUACUCCACCUAGGGUUACGCAGACAAAAGUGCAAACGGUGAUUGCAUUCAGUCGCUUGCUUGCUGGCCCCUCUACUGCUUGCUCGCAUGCACUGGUGCAUAUGUAGAUCUCUUCUUCCUUAUGUACUUUAUAUCUAGAAAAGGCAACUGUUGCGAUUUCAUUUUGCUGCCAUCUGUUGUGGACACGGUUUCUUUUCUUUUACUUACAACAGAACCAUUCCGGUUAUUAUUCUCGUCUGGAAUCGGGGUUGUUUCUCAAGAGCUUUACAAAUUACCUUACCGGUGCAAGUAUUUGGCAGCAGUUGUGGCACUGCCUAAAGAAAGAAUAAAUUUCUUCUCAAUGCCCU